CAGAGGAUCGAACAAGCCCUGGCGCAGCCAGCUCCGGGCACGGAGACUGCGACGCGCCUGGACGACUGCCUUACCAUAGGGCCUACCGGCUGCUACCUCAGCCGAGAGCUGCGCCUGAUGCAAGGGGUUUGGCUCGAUGCCGACACUGGCAGCCGGUGGCUGAUCGAUGGUGACCAGGUCUACCGAGUGCCCGUCCUGGCAGCACAGCUCCUCGAUCCGACCAAGGCUGCUGCCAUCCACGACAGUGAGGAUGUGCAGCAGCUGCGCCCGGUCCAACAGCCGGUGGUUGUCUCGGUGGAAGUAGCUGGCCCAGCAGAGAUGCGUCCACGGGUCCCUCAGUUCGCACGCGAGGUCCGCAAGCAGGCGAAGGAUGACGAGGACUGCGAGGAGAACCCGCAAGACAAGAUGCCCGUCAAGGCGACGUACCACGGAUGGCUGGAUGAGUCAGGUAUGCGGGUGACCUGGCGCUGUGAGAAGACAGCGACCUUCUUCUCCUGGGAAAGGGAGGCCUCCUUCCAGGGCGUUUGGCGCAUUGCUGGAAGCUAUUGCUUGCUCAUGCACAUCGACGCUUUCCGCGAGGGGGCCACACAUUUGGACAGUCGGAAAAGCCGGUUGGGCAAGGUGUCGCGAUCACGUCGAGGCGAGGCGUGGUUCGACCGAGAGAUUCAGAAGCUAUGCGAGGAGGGCCGCGAUUGCGGAGAGGCGCCGGCACCAACUUAUCUGAUGCACCUCGUAGGGGAGUUGUUCCCCAUCUGGACAGACAUGUCACCGAACAUCAUGACAUUUCGGUCUACGACCUUCAAAGGCUUCGUCGACUACGAGGGCUCAGAAAUCUGCGCAGAGCCGAUGUCCGAAACUGAGCGGCCCCGGAUGUCCGCCUUCCGACCCAGGAGGACCCUGCUCGGCCGUCGCACUACGCACGUGGUGCAGCCCUUUCUGUCCAAGACCUGGGGAUACCGCGAGUCGGCGACAGUUGAUUUGAGUGCCAACGAGCUCAACGUCAAAGCCAACGAGCUUUGGCUCUUCCAUGGCACCCGUGAGUCAGCUGCAGAGUCGAUCACGGAGAACGAAUUCCAGUUGAAGAUGGCGGGCACAAACCGUGGGACCAUGUUUGGCCCUGGGAUCUACAUGGCCGAUGCGGUCACGAAGAGCGACGAGUACACCGAACCCGAUCCGACUGGGCUUCGGACGAUGAUCCUUUGUCGCUGCACUAUGGGCCGAGCAAUCAAGCAGUUUGAGGGCGGGCGUGAGUGCAUGAAGGCCUGCCAUGCUGGUGGCUUCCACUCCGUCAAGGGGCUUCGUGCAUACAAUGAGUACAUCGUUUACGACGAGAACCAGGUGUACGCAGAGUACAUAAUCUGGUACCGCCGCGUGUACAACAUCGAGUGA